UUUGCGGCGGCUAGCAGACGACGUCACAGACUCGCGGAACUCGAAGCUCCCACUCGUUCUUCUGCCGCGGUAUUGUUCGUGUCGCGCGUCCAGACGCUACGCAACCGAUCAACCCCUGGUUACCUAGUCGUCACAUACGGUUCGCGGAACCGACGGCGCUCCUUGCCAGGGUAGGCGCCCUAUUCGAGUUUCUGACGUACGCGCACUUCCACUGCCGCAGUUGCUACCGCUACCAUCGCCAGGAUGGACGCUGAGGCGUUCCUCGAUAUGGCCAACCAGAUGGUCAAGUUAAAGAUGUUCCCGUACUUCGAUGUAGCGCACUGCGUGCUGUGCGCGCUCCACGUUAGGGAGGACCUGGGGCCGGGGGCGCAGGCAUUUUCAAGAAAACACCCUUUGUCAUGUUGGCUAUCGACGAUGCUGGUGGUUUUUGCUGGUGGCAUGUUAUGCAAUGGCUUACUAGGGGAACCCGUUUUAGCACCUUUAAAAAAUACAUCACAAGUGGUCGUUGCUACCGUCGUUUGGUAUUUCAUUUUUUAUACGCCAUUUGAUAUUGGAUAUAAAGUUGCCAAAUUCUUGCCCAUAAAAAUUAUAUGCGCUGCAAUGAAAGAAAUAUACAGGUGUAAAAAAGUUUAUGAUGGAGUUACUCACGCAGGCAAAUUAUAUCCAAAUGCCUAUCUCAUUAUGAUACUCAUUGGAACACUCAAAGGGAAUGGAGCUGGUUUUACGAAAUUAUUUGAGCGCCUAAUCCGCGGUGCUUGGACACCAACAGCUAUGGAAUUUAUGCAGCCAAGUUUUCCCACAAAAGCAUCAAUGGUUGCCUCAAUUAUUUUCGUCUUAGAUAAAAAAACUGACCUUAUAUCAGCACCGCAUGCCUUGGUGUACUUCGGAAUCGUAAUAUUCUUCGUAUACUUUAAGUUGUCUUCCAUACUGUUGGGUAUCCAUGAUCCUUUUGUACCAUUUGAAAACUUAUUCUGUGCAUUAUUCCUUGGAGGAAUUUGGGACUCACUUGCUAAAAUAUUAGGCUGUGGACAAACCAAAGAUGAAAAAACAGAUCCAAAAAAGACAAAUUAGAUAAUGAAAUGUUAAGUAAUGAUGUUUUUGAACGAUUUUGUAUGCGUUCUAAAUAUCUUCUAUUUCAUUGAAAGCUUUAUUUUCUUUUGAGCAUUGUAUUCUGAAAAAUAGCUAAGUUUGCACAUAAUUUAUAUGUGAUUUAACACAUACAAAUUAGUACAACUGCAUGUAAUUGAUUUAUGAUUAUACUCAUUUACGUAUAAUUUAUACAUAUACUUCAUUUUAAGAAGGAACGAAAAAAUAAUGUAAAUUCGUUCGAAACUUAACUGCGAAGUAAGGCAGUUUUGUAACAAACUAGUCAAUGAUUAGAUUCCUGGAAGAGAAUAAUUGACCAAUUAUUGACAAGAAAUACAAUU